CUAUAACCAAAUUAUUUUCUUAAUUAUUAUUAUUAUUAUUAUUAUUUAUUUCUUAGCAGACGCCCUUAUCCAGGGCGACUUACAAUCAUAAGCAAAUACAUUUCAAGUGUUACAAUACAAGUAAUACAAUAAGAGCAAGAAAUACAAUAACUUUUGUUCAAGCAAAGUACAAGUGUGACAAACCACAAUUCAAUAAUACAGCAGAUAAUAGUGAUAGUUACAUCAGGAUAUGAUUAAAUAGUGAUAGUUACAUCAGGAUAUGAUUAAAUACAAAGUACUACAGGUUAAACACUUGGCAGAUUACAGUAUUCUGAAGUACAGGAUUAAAUGCAGUAAAAUAGGGGGCAGAUAAGAGCAAAACAAAGCACAUUUACAUGAAGGGUGAUAGUGUCCCAGGAUACAAACAGAGGAGUUCUACGCUUUAAUUUUAAAAAGACAAGCAAUUACUUUCUCUAAACUUUGGAUACUACAGAGCACACAUACACUGAUAGGAAAUUAAACAUGUAGAAAACUUGAUAUCCAGCAAAUCUACAUUAUACAGUAAAAUAUACCUUUAAAGGUAUAGCUUUUGCUCAUAAAAUAAAAUCUUCUAGUUGAAUAUGGGAGGGGCAGUACAAUUGGUAGGGAUAUGGAGAAUUGAGAUGCAUUGUAUUGACUCUAGAAGAUGGGUGGUGGCACUGUAAUGACGUAUGUUAAUAUAGUGUUGACAUUUUGUAGAGUUUGCCUACAGUACUUGUGGAAGGUUGACAGAUGCUUUCACACUGCUGGUAAGCCUGCCAACAACAUUAGUGUCCUGUGGAUCAGCAUCUGUCACCUUCCUCUGAAUCCACUGAUUAAUGACAGGUCUGUCAUCUCAGCAUAGCAACAAAUUGCUUGACCAGGGCAAUGUGAACUACUGAAACAGAAAGUCUGAUCUUGAUGUCUUUGAGAAUACACAAACACAACUAUCCUCUUUGUUUUACAAUCUGUGUCAACUCUAUGAUUUAAAUCUUUGGGAGGUAAAUGUUUCUAGUUAGUACCACUGGCACCUACACAUUACUAUUUGAUGUUUACAUAUAAAUAUAGAGCACUCUGAAUUAUUGUUCAAAUAAGCUGAAGUUGAAACAUUCGCAUGGUUAUUUAAAUGCCGUUUAACAUCUAUUCACGUUUUCCAAAUUUUCAUAUUUUAUUCCGUUUGAAUCAAAACAUGAAGGUGGUCUUCAAUUAAUAUAAAAAGAAUCGUAAUAAGUUCAACGACAAACGUGUUGAUAAUGUCUAAGGCUUUCCACGCAUUUCUGCACAAUGUGUAGUGCUUCCUUUAACUACACUACCUGGUUGUACGAUAUCCAAAUGUUCGCUGUACUGGAGAGAAAGUAGUAGAAUGAAACGUGGGCACCAGUACAGGAAAAACGUUCUGUGAAAUGAAAUGGUUAAUGGGAGGCUCUGGGAAACCUGAUGCUAAUGAAGCCUUUGGAAUGCCACAUCCUGACAUUCUCCCCAGAACCUUCUUCACAGGAGGUUCGUCACGACCGCUAGCAAAAGAAACACCCGAGAUUCACUUUCUAAAUAUUUACAGACGAAGGAUCAAAUACACCACUUCAGACUCCAAAUAUGACUGCUUUUAAAGCUCCACUACUAUUUUUGUUGUGCAUCAUCCCGUUAGUUAGACGUGCAAAACCGGUGUCGGAAAUAUGCAGGGGGCUCCACUGUUACCCCAUGGAACCUGAGGAAUCUAGACCGUGCACAGGCAUAUACUGCCCGGGUCGGUCAUCCAGACCAUCUCGGCCAUUCACGCCAACCUCCCAGGGCAGGUCUCCGCAGAUCACACCGAACCAUCACAACGGCCAUUCUGUUUAUCCAUCCAGGGCUUCCACCGAUCCCAACCCCAUCAUUCACUCACAGCGAGGAGGCCACGCGGAAAACCCCCAAACUAGAACGAUUCAAAACAGAGGUACUGGCUGUACAGGGGAUGAUUGCGUCUCUCCAACCGGGCAAGCUAACAACGAUACCAGAGACUGCAAAGGGAUUGAAUGUAAAUUGCCCUUAAGGAUACGGCUGAAGCCCAGACCUAUACCACAUCAGUGUGUUGGAGAAAGCUGCGCCUCUGCUUCGGCUGCUGCUGAUGUUCAUGUACAGCCCGCGUUGGUUCGUGUGUCCGACCGGGCUGCGCAGUUUCUUGGAGAGUUUCCAGAUUUCGGAUACCCAGCGUCAGAACUCGGUGGAGCUCCAUUAGGGGUACAGCUUACCUGUGAUAUUAAACCAGGAGAAAAUGAAGUUCCCUCUGAAGAUGCCCUUAUUCUUCAGCUGCAGCUUGCGAAAGGGCAGGAGAAGUUUGUGGAAGCUCUGAAAAGCCAGCAGAAAGUUCUAAUUGAUUUACAGCAGCAAGUUACUCAACAGCAAAGCACGCUGAUUAGCCAACAAAAGGAGAUCUUGGAACAGCAAAGAAAAAUGUAUGAACAGAUGGAUCUUGUAAAAGAUCAGUACAGUAUGCUGUUUGAGACGGUUAAGCAAAUGUCCUUCCAAAGUUUGCAGGCAGAUAUACAGAGCUAUUUCCAAAGUCAUCUUCAGGGCCUCCAAAACCAGGUCAGGAGCCAUCUUCAUAAAUCCUACGCCGUGCACAAAGUGGACGUUGAUGCAAAGGUCAUUGACGUUGGGGGACACUUUUCCACCAAUGAAUGCGGAGGUUGUAAUAGUGAUGAGUACUGUCAUUUCCAGGGCUCGCCUCCUCAGUGUGAGAAAUGCACCUUGUGUCCACCAGGGUUUUUCCUGGUGUCAGAGUGCUCUUUGAACGCUGACCGGAUUUGUCAGGACAGGGAUGAGUGCAUAGAAUUACCAACCAUUUGUGGAGAGCGAGUCAAAUGUCUGAAUACUCCAGGUGGUUUUAGAUGUCUAGGCAUUGCUGAAAGAGAUGCAGCUUCUGGAGUCUGUGGACAUGGCUACUUCUUCAACAGGGAGCUUCAGGAGUGCCAGGCGUGUGGAGAGUGUCCAGGCGAAACAGUGGCUGUCGCCUGUUCGGCGGCCAGAGACACUGUUUGCACUGCCCUCUCGGAAAACAAGCUUUCUGAAUCCUGGUCUGCAGUGGUCACUAUGCCCCCGUCCAAGGCUUCAUCCAGUCAAGUCUUCCCAGGCGUGUACCUGAACGUGAACGGGAAAGGGCACUCUGACCUAAUUUCUAAUGAAGACGGUAAGCUGCAGUUCCAACAGCAUGGGCUUGUGUGGGCUGACUGCAACUUUGCAUUGAAACACAGCUGCCGGAACUUCCUCCAGCUCUCUAUGAAGCUGAAUGACAGCGAGGAAGGGUGGGAGCUGAGUGGAGUUCGCAUUGAGCAGCCCGAUGGCAAGUACUUUCAAAGUGUGAGUGUGAGCGGUACAGCUGAGGUGGAGCCCAAUUACACCAUGUCGCUGUUUCUGAAAAGUCCCAAUCAGUACUGUAACCAGAGCAAAGACCUUAAUGUAUAUGACGUCAGUACGCCAUUCAGUGUCUUUUGGCUAUCGCAUGACACAGGUGCGGUGGCCAUGUCUGCCCAGAUGUCAAUGUCUGUGCAGUACCAGACCAACUUCCGGCCCACUUUUAAGGUAAUUUCCAUUUCUGACCCCUAUAUGAUAAAUCUGUCACAUGACGGCCGAGGUGUGAGGUUCAGAGAGAGCGGAGUAGUGAAGUUUGUAUUCCAGCAAGCGCUGUAUUCUAUGGGCCACACCUGCAUCCGGGAAGGUUUUUCUCUGGUUUCCUAUGUGAACAGAAACGGGACAAAUCAAGAGCUGAUGCAGGUCUACAAGCCCGGUGUGAACUACAGAGACACGUCGAUCUCUUUGUCUGGAGCAGUCAAGGUCAGCGCCGGGGACAUGAUCAGCUUUGAGAUCCAGUCUCCAUCGCAGUGCAACAUCAGAUACUUUGGAGACAACUCUGGCAUCAGCAUGUUCAGCCUCAUCUGGAUCCCAUCUGCUGUUUCCACUGCCCUUUCUGCUACUGUCUCCAGAACAGGGCUGCCUACAGGGGCUGUGAGAAACAAAGCCAUCCAUUUCCACCAGGUUUCUUCAGAUGAGAACCAGAUCAAGCUUGUGACUUCAGGAAAGUUUGCCCAGAAGUACUUUGUAUUCCGUGAGAGUGGGGUGGCCAGUGUAGCUUUUAACCUGAAGCUGAUCCACUCCUGUAAUAUUGUUAAACUCACUCUAAAUCAGCUGCUGGGCGAUCAGAUGCAACCCCUGCCUGUUACCCAGCAAAUUGGAGGCCAUAUGCCUGAAGGGAGCCAGUGGACAAGUGUUGGUCUCCGCUCCUCCUUCCAUGUUCAUAAUGGAACAAUGAUAUUCAUCACAGUGGACUGUGUGCGGGGCAGAAUCAAUCAAAUUGCUCAUGAGCGAGGCACAAAUCUUUCCAUUCUCUGGGUUUCGUCUUGAUUUUUGGAAAUACAUUCUGUAUAGCAAAGAGAAAUGACAAUUUGCACAAAGGUGCCUUCAGAACUGAAACAUUAACAAAACUAAAUUUCAGGUCUACAGGUUAGAUAUUAUGUUAAUAACAGAGGUAGAGGUUUCAAACACUUAACUGUAAAAUACUGUUAAAAGUAGUUUUAUAGUGUUUUGGCGUUUUCAGUUUUAGAACGUUAGUAUUUUAAAUGUUUUGGUUCCAUAUAUGUUUGGUUUGUUGUGUUGUUUGUGUCAGAUUUACAGGUCUAUAGUGUUAAAAUGAGAGAAUGGAAUGAAACUUAAACUUGUACUAUGUUAAACUCAUAUCAUUUUCUUCCUGUGAGAUGUGGAGUUUCCUGUUCCUUUAUGCAUUCGGACCCCACUUUGCACGGCCUCCUCUUUCAUCCAGGGGAAGGUCCAGGGCUGGGUUUGGAUCCAGAAUUUUGCCCCCCGGGGUUCUUUAUUUAGUAACCCCAUUGCUGGAUCACUAUAGUAGCCAUGUAUCUCAAAUUAAAGAAACCCACAAAACCAAAGAACAAAAACUUAAAACAAAUUAAAAAUGGCAAAAAGCAAAAAAAAAAAAAGGGAAAGGGGUCCAAGCGCAUUGCGCGACACCGAAGAUCGGUAACUUAUAGGAAACCAUAAGGCUACCGUUACCCAGUUUGUCAUGCAUGAAAUAUUGAAACAUUGAAUUUCCACGGGCAACACCGGGUACUUCAGCUAUAUAAUAUAAUAUACAGUGAAUCCUCUUUAUACCACCUGGUAAGGGCCAUGGGCAAAAACGGGCAAUAAGUGAGGGUGGCGUUAUAGUGAGGAAAUUUAAAAAUGAAAACACACACACACACAACCUUCUAUGUUUGCAAUAAAUUCAAAAAUGUUAUUUUUUUAGUUAUACAUUUACAGUAUAUCCAGGCCAUUUUAAUAAAACAUUAAUCUUUUUUAAAA